AUCAAAACAAUCUCUGAUUUCAUUACUUUUUUAUAGAUGGGUGCCGAGAUAUACGAUCCUCGAUUGUAUAUCCAUUAUGGCCCAAGGGAUGCGAGUCUCUUAACCGAUCAAGAAGCUCAUCGCUCUCGUGCUAUUUGGGAUAACUAUCCGGAAUCGCUUGUUCCCGUGGUUCAUAAAGGGACCAAUAACUUGCCCGCUUGGCAUCCAAGGUUGGAGCCCUACAUAGCGAGGACCGGUUUGGGAAUGUUGCGCCAUUUCUUGCGGAUCGAGAUCGACAACGAUCUGCUUACGGCAAUGGCGGAACGAUGGCAUCCCGAAACCCAUACAUUCCACCUUCCGGAGGGGGAAAUGACGAUCACCCUCAAAGACGUGGCGAUCCUCACCGGGCUUCCUAUUUCUGGAGAUGCAGUCAUUGGUUCCACGACCAAACCCGAAGGAGGUUGGGGGCCGCUCAUACGUGAUCGUUUGGGCUUCGACAUGCCGACCACCACACCAAUUCAAGGACGGGGGCAUCCACCGUUGAAUGCGGGGCAAGUGUCGGUCCCGUGGCUGGUAUCUCACAUCCAGCAAGAGGUGGAAAUCAAUGACGAGACACCGGAAGAACAAGUCGAGCGCUACGCCCGCAUCUACCUCAUCGGUUUGGUGGGUGGAUUUUUGUUCCCCGACAAGUCCAACCGGUGGAUUCAAGGCAUAUGGUUGCCAUUGCUCACUGGUGACUGGGAUGCAAUUGGAGAGAAGAGUUGGGGAUCGGCCGUGCUAGCGGGCGUAUACCGGGAGCUGUGUACUUGCUCGAAGGUUGGGGCAAAGCAAGCUGGUGCUGCGAUGUUCAUCCUGCAACUGUGGGUAUGGGAGCAUCUACCGAUGUUCGCACCUGCCGACCCACGUCCAUACCGGAGAAACGAUGAUGAACUCAACUUUCUGCAAAAUCUCCCCUACGGUGUCAAGUGGAUAGGAGCAAAUACGAAUGACCAUCAACCUGAGCAUUCGUUAUUGUUUUAUCGUUCUGAGUUAGAUAAACCAUGGUGGAAUCAGGUUAUAUGGGAUCCAUAUCCACGUGAAGUGGGUGAGCUGCAUCAU